GUGGGGCGAGCACUGCGCUCGAGCCCGGGGGGCUGGUCCUGCUCGAACGCCGAGCUCAGCUCAAGGAUCGAUUCAAUUCCGCGCUAUGUCUGACGGCUUCGACCGAGCCCCGGGGGCAGGCAGGAGCAGAGGACGCGGGGUACAGAACCUGAACACGGGGGUAGCUAGAGGCCGCGGCCGGGGAGUUGAGGGGACGGAGAGCGGUAAAGUUGCAGGCUUCAGGGCCCAAAACGGCGAAGAGGAAGCCGGGAAAUCCCCUGUAAACAAAGCCGGAGGUGUUCACCAGCAGGAGCCGCUCAGACCGCCUCGCAGCGGCCCGCCCGUGGGACCCGAGCCUGCAGCAGCUCAGCAGAGUCGGAAGAAGUCUCCUCCGCCAGCACACAAACCCGCUCAGAUAAACUCCAUGGCGGUGUCCAAAGCUCAGCCGGCAGAGCCGAAAGCUGUCCUCUCCAACCUGUCUGUGACGGCGGCGGAGUUCUAUCCUCCGGGGUACUCUGUCGAAGGCAAUAACUAUGUUGAUGAGAACGGCGGGUAUCCAGUCCUUCCAGAACCGACACUCGCAGAAUACGUCCAGGACAUCUUAAAUCAUUUGACUGAACAGCCUGGCAGUUUUGAGGCAGAAAUUUACCAGUUUGCAGAUGUACUAAACAGCUGGGUCACCACAGACGACCUGUUAAAAGAACUUGUCGAGCUCGUGUAUCAGCAGGCAACAUCUGUCCCCAAUUUCUCGUACACCGGAGCUCGUCUGUGUAAUUACUUAUCUCUUAACCUCCAGCUAAACCCACAGAACAGUAGCUUCAGAGGCUUGUUGCUUAAGAGGUGUCAAACAGAAUUUGAAAAGAGAGAUCAGGCAGCAAAAGGAGACCUUGCCACGAGAAAAAGCUUCCAUUCCUUUGUACUGUUUCUAGGUGAACUUUAUCUCAACCUGGAGAUAAAGGGAGCAAAGGGACAAGUGACUCGGGCAGAGAUCCUUCAAAGCGGCCUCAAAGAACUACUAAACGCUUUAUUCACCAACCCUGUGGAUGAUAACCUCAUCUGUGCCGUAAAGCUUCUGAAGUUAACCGGAUCGGUAUUGGAGGAUGUGUGGAAAGAGAAGGGGGUGUCCUACAUGGAAGAGGUGAUGCAGAGGAUGAAGAAUGUAGUGCUGGACGCAGACUGUAGCAGGUUGAAAAUGGCAAUUAGCAUAUCUCAAGACGUGAAGCAGAUGCUACUGAAACUGGUAGAACUUCGUUCAAGUAACUGGGGACGGGUCCAGGCAGCUUCAACCUACAAAGAAGCGACUCCUGAAAACGAUCCCAAUUAUUUCAUGAAUGAACCCACGUUUUACACAUCGGAAGGAGUCCCCUUCACCGCAGCCGACCCUGACUAUCAAGAAAAGUAUCAGGAACUGCUGGACAGAGAAGACUUUUUCCCCGACUAUGAGGAGAACGGAACAGACCUAAGUGGUGGUGGAGAUGGCUACCUUGAUGACUUUGAUGACGACGAGAUGGACCCAGAAAUGGAGGAAGCAUAUGAGAAAUUCUGCUUGGAGUCAGAACGCAAAAAAAAAGCCCAGUAAAUACCCCGUUGGUGCGCUGUUGGCAUUUCAGGGCAGGUCCAGUAUGUUUAGAAGACAGGGGCAAAUAUGACUUUAUUAUACCAAAAUUAAGAUUGAACUCAUUGGAAACCUUAAUUUUAUGCAAAGUCUUUGUUAAACUGAAUGCCAAAAAACCCAAGUAUAAACGGAACCCUGUAACUUAAAGAAAUGGACGUUUGUGUAUAUAUAUUAUAGUUUAUUUUAUGUACAGUAAAAAACAGUAUGUUUUGGCUUCAAUAAAAAUUUUGAUUUCCGAA